CAUUCUCAGUCUUGCUUGUUCUUGUAUCAGAAACAAAAUACCUGCCUUAUGCUUCUACAAGUGUGGCAGGACACUGAGGUUCCCCGUCAGAAUGUGGCCAUUAGUCAGCUGGCCAUGAGGCAGCAACAGGCUACCAGACAGCCUACAUGUCGAACGGUUCCCCACCAUGGCGGUGAGUGAAGUGUCCUCAGGGCCAGUGUGGGAACUCAGGAGCCAUGUUGAUGAGUAACUAAGUUGAAAUCCUAAAGAAGGUGUCUUCCGGAGCCAGCCUACCAGCCACAAGUAUGGAGACAAGCAGGUGGAAGAAUUGGAAACAUCCAAAAACUUUUCCAGCAACUUUGCAGAUGGUGAUAGGCCCCACUGGAUGAGGAGCUCUCCAUGCAGAGGCAUCAGACCCACCCCAUGGCCACACCUCCACCCAACCCUCCAGCCUGCCUCCUGCCACUGAGGCAGCAUCUAUGCCGGCCUUCCUCCCAUUGAGGCCUGAACUGGAGUCAGGUUACUCACCUGAGAUGCAGGCCUGGUCCGGGGAGGCAGCCUGAACAAUAGGGCUCCUCACCCUCCCACCACUGCUCUUCCCUGGGCCACACCAGCCCAUGGCUACAUCUUCUGAGACUUGCUGUCCAAAACAAAAUGUCAGUGCCUGUGGCAGGGAGUUCCAAAGGACAGCUUGGCAACUCAGACCUGUGAACAAUAAGCCCUGACAACAGUGCCAUCUCACCCCAGUACUUUUGGCCAGGGGCUUCCAAAGCAUUUGCACCUUCUGUGAGAUCCAGUCUGUGGAAAGUCACAUUAAUGUUUCCUUGGCACAGACCAAGGAGAAUAGGAAAUCAGUCCCAGUGUACCCAGCACAUGUACGUGCAUGUGCAUUUGUGUGCAUGUGUGCACAUGCGUGCCUCACCAUGUGUCCCAGAGACAGGUGUGAGGGGCACCGAUAUCUUCUGGCUAGUGUCCCUGCAGGGCAUGGGUGCUCUCCAGCCACAUGGUCACCAGUGCAUCUGAGUGACAUUUCCUCUCAGGAAAGGGGAUGAGUGAGCUGCUCGGUGCCCUGUGAAAUGCAGUCUAAUGAAGUUCCAGAACUAGUGAAGCUGCAGGCUGUGGCAGGGAUGGUGAGGCCCUGUGGGGGUAGGUGUUUGCCCUCUGUGUCUAACAUCUGUGAAGGGGUGGAGCCUGGGCCGGAACCCAGGUGGCUCAGCGGGGCCCUUUGGAGCCCAAGUUCCUCUUUGAGGGGCAGCCCUAACCUGCCUGCCCUGCCUCCACCCAGUGCCUCCACCAACAGAGCUGGGGAUGUGGCUCGGGGGCAGCCCAUGGCUCCAAGGGCAGGAGGGCAGCCUAUGAGUGGCUGCCCCAGCCUCUCUCACUUCUCUCGCCUCCUGGUUAAUUGUUAACUCUUCCCCUGGCAUAAGUAUGUGCCAAACUCAGCAAGCUUGGUGAAAAUAUGCCAAGACAAGGGCAGAAAAAUGGGGCCCAGUCACCCAGAGAUAGCCAAAGCCACUUUACAGCCCCCGAAGAACUCCAGCUAAACAGGAAAGCUUGCGGUACCACUCUGCCAUCUCCUAGCACAAGUAAGGGGCUGGCCAGGAUGAAGUCGUCCCUGAGCAGGCCUUGCUGGGAGUGACUGACCCCUCUGGAGGUGGUCCAGAAACCCCCACAACCAGCAGUGCAUUCCUGGACGUGCCAUGCCUGGAUCUAACACUUGGGAGAAGUGCCACAGCAAUUGAACGCUCAGCAUCUUUUUAUUUUUCCAAACAAGAUAGAAUUCACAUACCAUAAAAUUCACCCUUUUGAAGUGCACCAUUCAGUGGUGUUUUGUAUCACAGCAUCUACUUUAAGCCAGUGGUCAACCACAGGUCAUCACCAAAUGCGCCACCAGUGGGCCAUAUGGACACAAUUAGAAGUGUUAUUGGAUCUGCUGCCUUCACACUUGUCGGCUCCUCUUUCCUAGGCUGACACUUUGAACUUUCUAUUGCAGACAGUCCCCUUUCACCCAUCCUGGGCCCAGCAGCCCCAGAGCACCUCUGCUGGGCUGCAGCCAGAACACUAUCUGCUCUGAGCUGGAGCCUCCCACAUCUCAUUCCCUAGGCUGCCAGGGUGGAGGUCCUGAGGUUUGGAAAGGAGGCCCGUGAAACCUGAGGCGCCCAUGUCUGCUAAGGUUUUCCAGAGUCAAGGAGCAUUGGCAGGGGUGGGUCCAAUUUUGUGAGGUCUGAAGCUUGUAUAAUUUAGAGGACCUUCUUUAAGAAAAAGAAUGCAAAAUGGUGAAUACAAAAUUAGGUCUAGAGUUUUGGAAAGGGCCUGUUCAAGUGAGCACCCGAGCUACAAGGAUCGUUAGCUUCACAGUAAAUCUUUGCCUGCCUGGGCAUUGGGCAUUGUGUUUCCCUGAUGGGAAUGGAGCUCUGGGAAGUUCCCAGGACUUCGGUUCAUCCUUGUCUCUCCCACGUGAGGCUUGGAUCUGGAAGUCAAUGAAGUUGGUUUUUCUUCUGCAGAUGAAGUGGCUGGUUCUGGAUGUCCACUAAAAACAGCCCCUUCUGUAGGGCAGAGGUACCCAUAAAGGGAGCCUGGGGUCCAGGCGAAUGAAGGGGGUAUCACCGCAGAGCCUGGACGAAAGGGCUGACCAGUUCGCUGAGGACCAAACUGUAAUUGACUCUCAUGUGCACCCUGCUCUCACCCACCAGCCAAACCUCCAGCCCCCAGCGGGAGUGGGAGUGGGGCAUAUCUGACAGUUGGCUCUCGGAGUGCCCUGGAGAGCCAUGCCACUUGCACUUGAUUGCAACAGGGACACAUUCUACUCUAGUCUGUGGGCCUGUCAGCUUUUGAAUCUGAGCCAGCCCGGUGUCAUGAUCUGUCCUGAGAUAAAUGCCUCUUGCAAGUCCAAAGGCUCCUACCUGGGGGCACAUUCCAGAUGUGUUGGGCAAUAAUUUGGUUAUUUCCCUGCACAGGUUUGUCUCUUCUUGCAUCAGGUUGGCCUUCUUUUCAAGCUUCAGGAGCCUUGAAAAGAGCCCUGCCCAGUGUCUCUUCCGAAGCCUUUGCUUGCUCAACACAGUGUACUAUGGAAAUCUUCAGAGCAUGUUGCAUUAUGGCAAAAAUACCAAAAUCUCAACCAUAGAGUGACUAACUACAAAAACCACAGCUAGGUUUGCCUUGAAAAUUACAAUAACCCUUUUUAACUUAAAAAGAAAAAAGGCCCCUCUCUCUUUCUUUCUCCACCAUCGUAGUGUGUGUUUGGCUCUGCCUCUCGCCAUGUCUUCUCACAAGACUUUCAAGAUUAAGCAAUUCCUGGCCAAGAAACAAAAGCAAAAUCGUCCCAUUCCCCAGUGGAUUCGGAUGAAAACUGGUAAUAAAAUCAGGUACAGCUCCAAAAGGAGACAUUGGGGAAGAACCAAGCUGGGUCUGUAAGGAAUUGCACACGAGAUGGCACACGUAUUUAUGCUGUCCGAAGAUCACAAUCGUGUUACCAUGUCAAGCUGAAAAUGUCACCACUGUCUGGACAGUUGGAUGUGUUUUUUUGGGAGUAUGCUUUUUCUCUCUGAAUCUGUUAGGAACCUGCUGGUUGACUGGGUUCUGUAAUAAAUACGUGAGACCUUUCAUUUCAAAAAAGAAAAAUAGGCCUCCUUCCCAGGGGCUCGGGAUUUCACCAGCCUCCUGUGCACGCCCAGCCAUAUAAACCGCACAGGAGUGGCUCCAAGUGCACUGUGGCCUCUUUGAACUGCAGGCCUUUGCACAUCCCAGUCCUUUUCCUCGCAAUGCCUUUCUCAUCUCUUUUCUCCUCCAGCUUGAACAUCACUUCCUCCUGGCAGUUGCCCCUCUGCAGCUUCCUUUCUGCUCCCACAGGACCAUGAUGGGGAGGAGAGCUGGGGCGUGCAGGAUGGAGGAGCUCUUGCUAGCAGACAUUAAGACUCAUGUCUUAAUGUCGCACCCCUCUUGGGUGAGAAGGAGCCACAGGUAAAAAGACAUAACCGAGCUUUUCAAUGAUACAGGUGUUUACUCUUGUCCUUGCGCUGGUGUCACAGGUGGCCCUGCUUGAACAGUAGCCCUGUAGGAUAUUCUGACCAAAGGUCUCAAGCCCUUCCUCCUUGGCCAGGCACCCAUGCCCCUUCGCCAUUCACUGAAAAUGGGAGAGGUGGGAGAAGGUAAAAGGGACUCUGUGGGUGGAGUCUUCAGGUCAGAGAAGGAGAAGCUGUGCCCGAGGGCUUGGGGAGCGGAGUGGAUGAGCAGGUGGAGGUGGAGGUGGAGGUGGGUGUGUGAGCCCAGAACUGGCCCUGCCAGAUGGCUGGUCCCUGAGUCAGGCCCAGGCGCUGACUGCCACGUGGGCAGUAGCCAGCCCCAGUCAUGGGAACGGCAGGCGGAAUCAGAGCUCUCUCCACCCCUAGGAGGGCCGCACCUGCCUGGAGCUUCUCCUGCCUGGCCCUGACAGCCCUGGGCUCCCUCUGGGAAAGGAUAGGGGCAGGGGCAGCGGCAAGGGUAGGGUGGGGUGGAACACUUGUUAUCAGGGCAGCAGUUCCCAGCCAUGCCUUGUAGUGUUAGGGUCCCUAGAAUAACUCACAGGGGUUGUCGAUCAAGGCCAUAAAGAUCUGAGCCAGGCAAGGUCCAGGGAAAGGCUUUCUGAGAGCCUCCAUGCCAUCCCCAGGUGCCAACCUCCCUCCCCUUCCUCCCUGGAAGCCAGAGCACCACAAUAAAGGGAGGGGGAGAGGUUGGUGAUGCCUUCUGGGGAGUGGAAGCGUUUGUCUCCCAGUCCCUGCCCCUUCUGUUCCCAAGUUCAUGGGAAAGGAGGACCUGUCCUGUGCCACAAGAAAGACUCUGGCCCUCACACCUGUCAUUGUACCUCUACUUGGAGCAGCAUUUUCAAAGGCCUGUGCUCCAGACCUGCGCCUCUUUCCUGCAGCCCCCCAGCUGGACCAUCAAGGCCUGGUCCUGGGAACAGUGUGGUCAGUUCAGGGGCCUGUGGUUGAACUUUUGCUGCCAUCCCAUCCCAUGUCCAGUGAAAGAUAUUCACCUCUCAGACCUUCCCUUGCACAUGUGCUCACUCAACUAAUAGCCGUUAAGGACCCAGCAUGUGCCACAUCCAUUCUAUAUACUGGGGGGAGUCAGUGGGGAAUAAAGCAGACAAAAUCCCUGCCCCAUGGAACUUCAUUCUAGCAGGAGUGGGGUGGGGGAAGACGAACAGGAAACUAAACUUUACAGAGUAUGGGAGAACAAUAAUUCUUAAACUCUCUCUGGUGAAAAACCAGUUGAUUUUUUUUUCCAUCUGCAUUUGAAUUUCUGAGCAAUGUCAAAUUUAGAGAUCCUAUAGCUAGAGAUGUUAUGGCAUAGAAGCUUCCAAAUGCAUCCCCUCAAUUUCUGUAUGUGUAUCCUCUUGCAGUGCUGGUCCACACUGUGUGCCAAGGUGACAAGAGCUUUGGGGGAAAGCAGGGAAGGACGAGAGGGAUGAGAAGUUUGAAGCAAGGUAGUAGGGCUUUGGGAGAGUUGCAGUUUUAAAGAGGAGUUAUUAAGAAGGUGACAUUUGAGCAAAUAUUUGAAGGAGGUAAGGGAGUGAGUCAUGUGUGUAACUGAGAAAGACGCAUUCCAGAUAGAAGUUUUAAUAAAAGGAAAGUUGAACCUCGACUGGUUGAAGCCCCCCGAGGAGUGAGGGGCAGGGGCAGGAAGCAAAGGAGCAUUGUAGGAGGGACACAUGUGAAGGAAAGGCCCCCCAAAUCACCCCAGGCCCACCAGCAUCCUGAGUGGGGCUACAGUUACAUUCUACCCGGUCUCCCCUCUCCUUUCAGAACUUUCUUUCUUUACAAACCAGCUCUCAACACCUGAUAUGUGGGUCACUCACAACACAGGCUGUUCUUUUAAUAAAAUGGCAUUGUUUGCUGUGCUCAGCGCGUCUACCUCCAGCUUUGAACACAAGAGGUGCUUUAACCCAGGAGCUGGUCUGAGUCCUGCUUCUGCAUCUAUAGGCACAGGGCCAUGACUGUGAAGAAGGUUCCAUCCAUCUGACUUGCUUCUGCAUCUGAGCCCAGGUUAUAUGGCACAGGAGACGUGGCAGGAUGAAGAUUCCUUCCUCCGUUGAAAGCACUUCCACAUCUGCUCAUGCACACCACAUACAUACAAACACUUUCACACCAAACACACAAGCAUGACAUACACUCAUGGGCUUGUCCACAUGCACACCUGCCACAAAAACCCAGCAUAAGCCUCCAGGUACACAAUAUGGGCAUGCGCACUUAUACACACACGUGCACACACAUACACAUUUUUGAAGGCUUGAAUGCACACCCAUGCCCAACAUACACCCCUCAGGCAGGCACUCAUGUGUCGCCUGAACAUGGACUCACUCUUCCUACAGGAGAGUUUCUAUUCUGAGCAAACACCCAGUAUCUGCAGUCAAUGGCAAACAGGUGAAUGGGACAAAAUUCACUCAUGUGUCCCGGUGGCCCCACCAAUAUAGCCCUGAAGGAGCAGGCAGCAGGCUUGUUCCCUCACCACCAGGCCCGUCAGAAGGGCAAGACCAGGGUGGGGAUCAGGUCUAGGUAGGAGUACACUCAAAGCUUCUGGGUACUGACUCAAGGUCAGGAGCCAACAGCCUUGCGCGUUCCUGACAAGUAGGUCACCAUGACAAGGAGCACUGGCUCACAUGCUGGGACCUAAAGUUGACUGGAAAAAACUUAGGAAAAUCCAGCUGUUGUGAGACAGCCAGUGUUAGUAGGUGUUGCUUUCCCAUGCCAGUGAGUUAGGUUGGAUCUAUGCAGCACCAGAGCUGUGGAGUGUGUGUCAGCGGCCAGGGCUCUUGCUCAGCACAGCAAAGACUAGGAGAAGAGGGCAGUGGCUUAGGAGGGAUUGUAGUGCUGGGAAGGAUGGGUGAGGCAGGGGACACAUUAUGAACAGUGUUAUUUUUUUAGCACACCAGCGUGUUAGGCACUGUGCUGGGUGUUUUUCAUGUAUUAUCUUGCAAGAUACAGCCCUGCAAGUUAGAUUUUAUUGCCUCCAUUUUACAGAUGAGGAGACUGAGGCUCAGAGGGCUUAAAUAAAUUACUCUAGGUCCUCAGCUAAUAAGGGCAGAGCUGGGAUAUGAGUCAGGGCUUAUCUGACUGCAGAUCUCAGACUUUCUCAACACCAUCAUGUUGAAGCUAAAACUUGCAUUUUAAACUGUCAAAAGCAAGAGAGACCUAAGGAGACAUGGUAACUAAAGGUACAGUGGUAUCCUAGAUGUGAUCCUGGAACAGAAAAAAAAAACAUGAACUUUAGUUAAUGACAAUUAGCUGUGAUACAUGUACAAUUAAUUGUGUUACAAGUACUUUACUAAUGUAAAAGUGUUAAUAAUAGAGGAAACUGGGUGCAGGGUAUACAGAAACUAUUUAUACUGUCUUCAUAAUGAUUCUGCAAAUCUAAAACUGUCCUAAAAUAAUAGACUUAUUUUUUAAACCUUGCAUUUUUGCCAGCAACAGGAAGUAGUAGAUAACCAACAUUCCAAGGUGCAGCCUGUAUAUAAGGCCUGAAGAGGCCACGAUCCCUGGAAAGUUUCUCAAAAUAAGAGGCCAUUCUGGACUUUGUACCACUGAGUUCCCAUCACCUACAUAACUUGAAAUAGAGACAUUAAUUGCAGGGCUGUGAUCACAGCCAAGGCCACCUACCUAAAUGGGGCAAAAGGGCACUGAAGUCAGGCAGAGCAGCUGCAAACUGGCAUGAAUUCCCAAGGCUGUGGCAGAGAAUUCUUGCUGGGUGUGCCUGUACCUCCCUGACGAUGUGGCCUGGCCAGGCUGAUGUCCCUCCAUUUUCUCAACUGUUGCCACUAGAAUGUAGUGGGAAAAAUGUAUAACUCUUAUACUUCUUUUGUUAAUUUAUUCUUAAAUAUCUUAUUCUUAGUAAUACUACUAUAAAUGUAAUUGUUUUCUGGAUUUCAUUUUCUCAUAUUUUAUUUCCAGUACAUGAAAUAAAAUUCAUUUUUGCAUAUUGAUCUCAUAUUUUGUCACCUUGCUGAACUUGUUUAUUAGUCUUAAUAGUUUUUUAGUGGAUUCCUUAGGUUUCUAUAUACUGCAAGAUUAUGGCAUCUACAAAUAGAGAUAGUUUAAGUUCUUUCUUUC